AUUAUCUCUGGACCUACAAACAAUACCAACGUUACGAUUUAUCAAGGAAACCGAAUUCUUCAGUCAGAAACUAUCAAUGCGUUUGAUGUCUUCCAGUAUACAUGCAGUAAAUGCGAUCUUACCGGUGUAAUGGUUAUGUCUACCAAAAACGUUUAUGUAGUUUCUGGUACAGCUUUUACAAAUAUUCCAAGUACAUCGGGCCAAGAUGAAUUUAUUGCUUCAGAAAUGAUUCCAACCACAUCAUGGUCAAGCAAGUACAUUGUUCCACCGGCAUUUCCAAAAUCUGCUUUCAUGCUUCGAAUACAAUCAAGAGAUGAAAUUUUAAGAGUAAACGUAGAAAAUCGAACACACACAUAUUCGUAUAAGCCGUCUCUAUCUAAACUGUAUUUUGGCAACGAACCAGUUACUGUUAUAGCAAAUGACAGUUUUUCGGUCACUCAAUAUGGUGUUGGAUAUGACUUUGAUAACAUAAAUGGAGAUCCAUUAAUGGCAGUUGUUCCAGGGGUUGACCAAUAUCUGAAUGAUUAUAAGUUUUCGGUACCUGUUGGAUACUAUGAUGUCAAAUCUUAUGUGGCAAUAAUUAUACCAAGAUUACAUCAAACAGGCCUAACUCUUGAUGGUGUUUCCAUGAAUGCGUAUCAUAAUGGGCCACGAAAAACGUUCAAUGUCCCGUAUCCUUUUGAUAGCUAUGUAAUCAACGUUUUCGAAAUAAAGGCAGGAUACCAUCAUUUUGCUCAUUCCUUGCAAUGGAUAAAGUUUGGCGUAUUUGUUUACGGUCUAGGACGUCACAUUUACUUGGGUAUAUUAUACGGUUUAGGAUAUGGUUUCUAUCCGGGAUAUGAUUUGACAGGUACCCAAAGAAAACUUUAG